AUGUUCAGGUCGAGCGGUUUUAUUUUUAUUUUUUGCGCUCUGAGCAGCGUUUUUUCUGCAGACAUCACUUCCGAUGAGGGAGUACUGGUGCUCAAUAAGGACAACUUCAAGUCUGCUAUUUCGGACAACGAAUUCAUAUUGGUCGAAUUCUAUGCUCCAUGGUGUGGACAUUGCAAAGCCUUGGCACCAGAAUAUGCUAAAGCUGCACAACAGUUAGCUGAUCAAGGAUCUGCCAUCAAACUUGGCAAAGUUGAUGCUACAGAAGAACAAGAAUUGGCUGAAGAGUACUCAGUGAGGGGCUACCCCACUCUAAAGUUCUUCAGGAAUGGAAGCCCUAGUGAAUAUGCUGGCGGUCGACAAGCCGACGACAUCGUCGCUUGGCUGCUGAAGAAAACAGGCCCCCCCGCGAGAGACCUCGCUUCAGUAGAGGCUGCCCAAGAAUUGAUCUCUGCCAACAACGUGGUGGUGGUGGGUUUCUUCAAGGACCAGACCUCCGAAGCGGCCAAGGCCUUCUUGGACGUGGCCGCCGGCAUCGAUGACAUCCCCUUCGCUAUCACCUCCGACGAUGGGGUUUAUGGGGAGUAUGAAGCCACUUGUGGCUCCAUUGUCUUGUUCAAAAAGUUUGACGAAGGCAAAGUCCUCUAUGAAGGCGAACCCGACGCGGCGGCCAUCCGCAAAUUCGUCCAAUCCAACGCGCUUCCUCUCCUGGUCGAAUUCAACCACGACACCGCCCAAAAAGUCUUCGGGGGCGAGAUCAAGAGCCACCUGCUGCUGUUCCUCAGCAAGUCCGACGAUUCGUUCGCGACCGUCUCCGAGGCUGCUCGAUCCGUGGCGAAGCCGUUCAGGGAACGAGUGCUAUUCGUCACUAUCGACGCUGACGACGAGGACCACCAGAGGAUCUUGGAGUUCUUCGGGAUGAGCAAGAAAGAGGUGCCUGCUGCCAGACUUAUCAGGUUGGAAGAGGACAUGGCCAAAUACAAGCCCGAAUCGACCGACUUGACCGCCGACAAUUUGCGUCAAUUCGUACAGGACUUUUUGGACGGCAAAUUGAAGCAGCACCUGUUGAGCCAAGACCUGCCCGAAGAUUGGGACAAGGAGGCUGUGAAAGUAUUGGUCGCCAGCAACUUCGAACAGGUGGCCUUGGACGCUGACAAAGACGUCCUCGUGGAGUUCUACGCCCCUUGGUGCGGCCACUGCAAACAGCUGGUGCCCAUCUACGACAAGGUGGGCGAGCACUUCGCCGAUAACGCGGAAGUGGUCGUCGCCAAGAUGGACGCCACCGUCAACGAGCUGGAGCACACCAAGGUCACGAGUUUCCCUACCAUCAAGCUGUACAAGCGCGGAGACAACCAGGCGGUGGAGUACAACGGGCCUAGGACUUUCGAGGGCCUGACGAAGUUUGUGGAAUCCGGUGGAGCAGAUGGCGCUGGUGUCGAGGUUCCAGAAGAGGAGGUCACUGAAGAUGAUGAAGCGGCCAGGAAGGACGAGUUGUAA